AUGUUCCAGGAGACUCCACUCCCAGCCAUUCCGUUGCUCAAUCUUUACCUCCCCUCCGCCACUCCACCGGUUGCCCCACUCCCCAGUAAGUUUCCAAAGGAAAUCAUCACUUUUCAAAAUUACCUUUUAGACGCCAUCACUGUUCCAAAUGCAAAACCACCUGCCGCCAAACGGACCCACAUUGAAGAGUUUGUAUACUCACUAAAUUUGAACAAACCAGCUACUCAAAAGGAAAACACGGUUCCCUAUUUUUGAUGUUUCAUGUAUAUUUUUUGUAACAAAUUCAAGGUCUUUAAGUCUACGAAUCUUCACAAAAUUUCCUUCGGCAUUAGAACCAGUCCUAGCCUCUCAGUCAGCGAUACGCUGACUGCGGUCCUGAUGCGAUAGCUGACUUUUCUGAGCGGAAAGCGGUUCCCUGUCUGCACAAAUGUGCUAAUCGUAGUCCAUAACGACUCAAUUGCGUAAUUGUUGCAGUUCAAAACUAUGAUUUUAGAAAUAUAAAGGAUUUUGCAGUUAUUAGUUUUAAACAAAAAUUUCUAAUUUUUUUUUCGAGCCCGGCUGCUGCGGCGAGCCGAUGAGACAUGGCAUUUUACCAUGCCCUCACUUCGUUGAGUACGCAAAAAAGGUUGCUAAGGUCCGCAAUUUCUAAAGAUUCCGUUUUUAUUUUCUGUUGCGACAUUUCCAUCCAAGUUAGAGUAUUUUUUUUUUUGAUUUCCAAUUUUUCACGGAUACGUAUUUUUGCGGGUCAAUCUUGAACAUUCUCAGCUAAUAAAAAAUUAGCCGGCAUACGACAAAGCUGUAGUUAUUCGCGUGAAAAGCCCAACAUCUGAAAGUAUGUAUUUUACAGCUGUCUAGACGGACCGGCGAACUCAUUCUCGACACACCGACAAAGCAUCAACAAAGACCCACUUGUGCGAGCAUGGUGAUCGACAGUGUCAUUGACACUGGCAAGCCUCUCAGCAUGGGUUUAGCCGUCGGAAUACGAACAGUCGGGCACCAUACAAUGACACAAAUUUUUGAAGAAAACGUUGACGUCCCCCUUUACAAAAAUCUGGCGCCGGAAACUAUAGAUUUCCUCAAAGGUUCUUUUUUCUCAAUACCCUUUCAUAUACACUAUCUUUUUAUUUCAGCUCUUGUGACAUCUACGACCACCGUCAACCCGGACAAAAUCAAGUAGGGCUUGAUGAUACAACCACUGUCUUCGAAACGGCUCGAUGGCUUUGUUGUCCAGUUCCUCCAAGAGAAGUGGUGCGUCCAUCUUUUGAUUUUUUUUCUCAUUGGCUUCUGGCUCUUUUCCAGUAAAACUGGGAGACGGAAGUGUCCUAGGUGGAAAACCAUGAGAACGGAAACUUACGCUGCUUUACACAACAAGUACUUCGGUUUGCCAUCAUUCACUCAUCUUUUCAUUUCUCUUUCUCAGGCGUACCCCAAGAGGUCGGCCUCUCAAACGUCUUCGUUGCUGGAAAUCGCGAUGACGCAUCCGAUUCUGUCGCAAAGUCUCCACUCUGUAUAUAUUUUCCUUUGCCAAUAUGCACUUUUCCCAUAGCUAUGACUUCCUAACUUUUUAAACAUUUUUUUGUUUAUUCUAUCAUUUAUCAUUUCUCAUCACUUUUGAAAAAAGAAUUAAUAGCAAGGGACUUUGAAAAGUUAAGGCACCUUGAACUUUGUAAUCAGUAAACGAUCAGUAAACGUUCACGGCGGUUAUUUAUUACAUUAGCUUCUCUUAAAUCGUUAAUCAUGUGGAUACUUGAUUUCAUAAGUAACUUCAUACUCGCGAGCAACGAUGUGCAUCGAAAACCUUCUGUGCAAUAUUUUUUGCAUUGAAAAGAGGAGUUUGGAAAAAGCCGCAAAUUUUGACUAUUUUUCUUUGAAAUCUUCCAAUCAUUUUGAGAUGAACUUUUUCAUUUGAGGAGAAGUCACUAAACCAAAUUGUUCGUAGCUCAGACGGAACAUUGAAAUAGGUAAAUAACUAUGUCGUUUUCGAGUGAUUUGUUUUCCUUUUUUUUCUCCUUCGAUAAUCAAUUUUUCUUCAUUUCAUUCGACAUUACGGAUGUCUUGAGGUUUCAAAAUUAUAAAUGCCAUUGCAGAGCCGCCGGUAACUUGUCGCCUCAUACGUCUCUCGGUCCAGAAGGUUUUCCUGGUUUCAAUCACUUCAUUUCUUUCGUUUCGUUAGCUUCGUCCUCCAAUCUCCUCUUCUCUGGGAUAUCCGUCACGCCGUUGCCGCUGAAAUCGCCAUCCCAACGAUGCUGUGGCGUCCCCAACAUCCGAAGCCACUUCAGCAUCUUACGUUCAAAUGC